UAAUACAGGCGUGCUAGUAGUAACGACCUCCUUAUAUGUCACACCAAGUUAUUAUCGUGCUUGUGCAGCGUCUGUAAUAUUUUUCACAACGAGCUGCUGGUGGAGGGGAUGAUGUUGAAGACCAUGUCGAUGACCCUGAACCUUAGACCAAGAUUCUGACUCCGCUGAAAGCUGGAAGGUGCAUCUCUUCUCUUCAAGGAAGUCCUGUCAGCAGUUACACCGCCCGUCUUUUACACUCAUCUCACGAAUCAUGCAGACCGAUCCAGUGCUGGUGGAGUCGUUGGUGGUGUUCUCCAUCGUCCUUUGCGUGCAUGUGGCCGUGUGGAACCAACUAUCCUGGUGCUGCAUCGCUUUGGCUGUCCAGGCCUUUUACGUCCAGCACAAAUGGGAUCGCCUCCUGCGAACAGGAGCAGCAGUCUUUCAGUUCCGCCCUUCAGCCAAUAGCGGCGUCUUACCUGCCAGCAUGGUUCUCCCGUUGAUCGGGCUCAUUUUGCGAGGUCGCUGUGUCGCUGUGGGGAAUGUCAACUUUGAACGUUUCGCAGUGGUUAUUACAGUAACGGGGAUGAUGUUGGCACUGUUUUUGUCGCUCAUCGCACUGGGAGUCACACGACCGGUGCCAAGCAACACCUGUGUAAUUACGGGAAUUGCUGCCAGCGCCAUCCUCUACACAGUCAAACAAACGCUGCUGGUUUCGGAGGUGAUUGAAGUGCUGGAGGUGCUGCUGAUCUUUGUCUACCUAAGUCUGAUCCUCCUCUAUCUCCUUCCUCGAUGCUUUACACCCGGAGAAGCCCUGCUAAUCCUGGGUGGCCUCAGCUUCAUGAUCAACCAGCUGAUCAAGCGCUCAUUGAGCACAAGUGUCGGAACCAACACGGACCCCCUCAAUUUCUUCCUUCCUGUAGCUGUGGCGGGACUGGUCUUGCUUGGCCUGGUUUUUGCCCUGCUGUUCCUCUUUAUGGAAUCAGAAACAUGGGCAGCGUCUGUGUUUUUCCACGUCAUGACAGCCGUACUUGGCUUGGGCUUGCUUGUUCCUUGGUUGUCCCUCCUCACUGGACACCAUCCUUUAAUCUGGAUUUUGGAAUUCCUUACUCAUAGCAGUACACGUCUUUGGUUGUUGGCAUACUGGACAUUCCUGGUUUUAGUCGCAGUAAUUGUGGUAUUGCGUCAGAACAUCUGGCGCUCAGAGGGCACCAAGAAAUACCAAGCCUCUACGGCUGUCAGAAAGUACUUCCACCUGCUUAUUGUGUUAACCUUCGCCCCCGGGUUGGCACUCGAUCGCCCUCUACUGCACCUGGCAGCUGUUGUAUGUUUAGCAUUGUUCCUUUUCCUGGAAUUGGUGCGAGUUUUCCGGAUUCGCCCACUGGGCUCGCUGUUGCGCAGGUCGCUGGCUCUCUUUCUGGAUGAUAGGGACUCUGGGCCACUUAUCUUCACACACAUCUACCUGCUUUUGGGAAUUUCCAUACCUGUGUGGAUCUCACAAGCGCCAUGCAUGUCAAAAGGAGGAGUGGCAGGCGCAGGAGGACUGGCACCCUAUGCUGGCGUCUUAGCCGUAGGGAUUGGAGACACCGUGGCAUCAAUUUUUGGAAGCACAGCAGGUGAGAUCCGCUGGCCGGGCACCAAAAAGACUUUCGAGGGCACGGCGACCUCUGUGUUUGCACAGAUCAUCGCUGUGGCCAUAUUCCUGAUAGCAGAUGCCAGCGUAAACUUAAACGCCAGCUACUCAUGGGUCGUGGGAUCCAUCGCUAUGGUAGCCAUGCUGGAGGCAUACACUUCACAGAUUGAUAAUCUUCUGUUACCGCUGUAUUUGUAUGUCUUACUGAUGUUAUGAGCAUGCACACACACACACACACACACACACACACACAUUUCUAUACUUUAAUUACAUAAACAUUUUUAGAUAUAAAACACAAAUACAGUACAGGGUCCAAAGGUUUGCAACCCCUCUCAAGAACUGUUUUUAUCUUCUAACUUAUUAUUAAGAACAAAUUUCUCGUUUGUUUUUUCAAGGUUUCACUAAUAACAUAUAUUUUAAUUGAACGAAUUCUGAAGACAGGGGGCACAGUGGCUUAGUGGUUAGCACGUUCACCUCACACCUCCAGGGUUGGGGGUUCGAUUCCCGCCCCCGCCUUGUGUGUGUGGAGUUUGCAUGUUCUCCCCGUGCCUCGGGGGUUUCCUCCGGGUACUCCGGUUUCCUCCCCCGGUCCAAAGACAUGCAUGGUAGGUUGAUUGGCAUCUCUGGAAAAUUGUCUGUAGUGUGUGAUUGCGUUAGUGAAUGAGUGUGUGUGUAUGUGUGUGCCCUGUGAUGGGUUGGCACUCCAUCCAGGGUGUAUCCUGCCUUGAUGCCCAAUGACGCCUGAGAUAGGCACAGGCUCCCCGUGACCCGAGGUAGUUCGGAUUAGCGGUAGAAAAUGAAUGAAUGAAUGAAUGAAUGAAUUCUGAAGACGAAGAAACAUGUGUUGGUCCAUAGCAAGGUAAAUAAAUUUUACUGAAACACUGCACUAGGAUCUUACAUGUGUGUUCAUUUGCCUAAAACAUGGAACUACACAACAGUUUGCUAGCUAAACCUUUUUCCUAUUUAUUUUAUUUUUUCCCCCAGCAAAACAACUUAGAACGUAGACACUAUUUUACAGUGCUUUCACGUAUAAAUCGUACUUGAUGCGGUUUUGAGGACACAGGAAUAACACUCUGGCAUGGAACAAAAUAAUCCAGUUCCUGAUUAACACUAUUGUGAGUUCAGUACAGUGAAGAAGUAAUUCAAUGCUGAAUCAUGACUGUAAGAAUGAAUUUAAAAAACAAAACAAACUGUGAAUUGUGGGUAGUGGGUGUUCGAGGUGUUGUAGAUCUGUUCGACUUGAUGUAUGCAGCACAAACUAUUUAUUUAUUUAUUUAUUUAUUUAUUUAUUUAUCUGUUGGCAUGUUUCUGCUCAAUUAAUUAUUAGUUUUGUUUUUUGUCUUUAUUAACUAAUAAAUAUGAAAAAAAGGGGUCAGUUUAAAAAUGAUGAUGAUGUUUAUAGCGUCUUUACGAUGAGUCAUAAUGAACUAACUUGUCUUGGAUGUUCCAUAAAAUGAAAUGUAGCUACAAAUGGAUAAAAAGCAUGAUCUCACUCAUUCACACACAUCAGAGCUAUGUUAUAUCCUAAUAACAGCACGGCUUUGCGCGUAAUUUCUUACUAACUGCCUGGCUUUCAUCCUGUGGUGCAUUUAUAUUUCUACUACACUGUCUAUUUUUAUUCUGCCGUUUCAGUUCUUGUCAGACGAUUCAGACUUUUGGACCUUUCUGUAAAUGUACGACGUUAAGAGGUAAUACUUAAAAGCUUGGUAUGUUGAAAUGUUCAGGAUGGUGUGACCGUGGUCUUAUGCCCUUAACUCAUCUUCCUUACACCAUGUUUUUUUUUUUAGGAGCGAAAGACACAACAGAUGUAGUAUGCAGGCUAAUAGUGUUCUUCCAUAGUGAAUUAUUUAUUGUAAGUGCACAGCAAAGCCCUGAGCGGAGACGGUGUUAAGUAUGCUAGAAAUGUCAGAAGUCAUCUUUCACUUCAGGUUUCAUAUCCUUAACACAGUAUUCUCUUCUCCAAAAAUGACCUAACCAAAGUAACCGUAUUUAAUAAAAUAUUAGAUGGGGCCUGAAAUUCAGAUCAUCUUUGUUUGAUUUGAAUUCUUACGCAUUCAGUGUUAUAAAAUUGAUCGUUUCUGUCCAGGAAACAAAGCUGGUAAUGGUUACGGUUGACAUAACAAAGUCUAAUCUUAUGACAUGAUUGUUAUGGCCCUUUACAUAUCAGCCCCUACACACACACACACACACACACAAUGCUGUCUUUAACAUGCAUGAAAACAAAAAUGCCUUUUGCAAUGUUUAAUUUAUUCUUAAUGUCAGUCUGUGCAUCGAUUUAGCCUAUUAAGUACAUAAAAUUUUCUUGUGUUGCAUUCUUGCAUAAUACAUAUAUAUAUAUAUAUAUAUAAUUUGUUAAUAUAUAUGUUUCAUAAAAUGAACAAGUUUAUAAAAAAUGAACAAAUAAUAUUUUGUACUGACAAAUAUUACCGAACGCGAUCAGGUGUAUGUGUGUAUGCAUGUUAGUUUUGUAGGGGACAGUAAACACUCUGAUUGCAGCUAUUCAUUCUUUGGUGUUAAUAUCCAUUUUGUUCCACUUCUUAUGUCAUCCUGAUCUCAGCUUCUCAUCUUAUAAAUUUCCAUUUAUUAACCUCUCCAGGAUUUUGCAAUCACAGAAAUCAUGCAAACUCUGCAGCGUUCGGUGAAGCUUGCAAUUUUUCAAAAUGAUCGCAGACUUGGGUUAAGACGUGUUGUGUGACAUCAAUCACGUGCUCAGACACGAGUACAGCUAUCAGAGAAGGGAAUUGCAGAAUUGUGUAUCUUCACUGGUAGGCGAAUGAGAUGAAAAUUAAAAUGAGAACCCUGUGCUUGCAAUUUCAAGCAGUUUUCCAUUUAUUUUUUGGAAAGAAGCUGCAGCAAAAUCAAACAUUUCUGGCAACAACAAUCCAACAAAUGGUGCAGAUAUACUUCUGAAGAACUGACUGUAAAGCGGAAUUGAUCCAGAAGACACUGUGAUAUGAUUUUGUAAUAUUCAGGAGCCAUGAAACACUUUAUACACCAGUGCUUUUAACUUUUAAAUCCCAUUUGGUCAGACUGUGUCGAUGAUAACUGCUGUAACAUGCUGUAACAGCAGUUCGUAGCGUAGCAUCGACUGUAAUUCAGAUCAGGUUUAAUUUAAGUCACAGUAACAACACUUCAACAAAUCACUGGUGUGGAUUAAGCUUUCUGUUUAGUUAUCGUACUGGGAGGAGUCUUUAAUGUCAGAACGUUUUCUGUCCGAGUGUCACAAGGGAAAUGUGUAUGGACCAGAAAAGCAAGCUAAAGCAAGCUUUUGGUUUUCUUUGUAUUAUUAAGUUCAAUCAGUGCUUAUUGCUACUACAACGUAAGCUCUAAGUUGCAUCGCAGAUGUUCCUCAACAUUACGUGUAACAAGAAAUGGUUAAAAACUACAACAAUAUAUUCUUUAAUAAGAAAAUUGUUAGUGGUAUAAGAAAAGGUGCUAAAAAAAAUUCUAUUAGGAAACAUUUUGCUAAUAGAAAAAUCAAAACUUUGGGUCGGGUCACAGGACACCAUUGCAUUUUAUUCGCUGUUAGAAGGAAAAAAAAUUGUUUUGAGAAAAAUGACUUUCACCUGCAUUGUG